AACAAAUCGAGCAAACCUAGUACAUCACGUCCCGGUUGCUUGUUCCCAUGCGUAUGAUCCAAGGCUUAAAAGGUUUAUGAAAGCUCACUGGCACCAGGAUCAUUUCUUCAGAGGCAAUUGAAAUAUCGCCAAACUUUUACAAGUCAAGAUGUCUACUGUGGAUUAUGAUGAGAAUGAGUCCAAGUUUAUGCGAAAAGCAAAGGAGAAUCCAUUUGUUCCUGUGGGAAUGGCUGGAUUCUUCGCCAUUGUUGGCUACAGACUCUGGAAGAUGAAAAGCCGUGGGGACACGAAGAUGUCAGUGCACCUGAUCCACAUGCGUGUGGCGGCUCAGGGCUUUGUGGUGGGAGCCAUGACUGUCGGUGUCAUAUAUUCCAUGUACAGAGAUUACAUCGUGAAACCCAGAGAAGCCCAGAAAGCCCUGGACAACAAGUGAACAUGGACUUUCUCGUGAACAUGGACUUCCUUCUUGUACUAAUAUUUUAUGUCCUGUUAAAGCUACACUAAGCAAUACUACAUGCAUUUUCCCCGUGGCGCGCAGUACUGCUGCCGUGGGCGAUGCAUGGCACAUUGUGUCCACUCACUCAUUCACGGACGACCUACGAGGGAUGUUUAGUGGGACGCCUGCACCGCACCAGUCCAGGUCGACGCUGUCUAUACACAAACAGGAAAUACCAAAGUGACACUUGUCAAAGUUGUAUCUUAGUUGGUAAUCUAUCCAUGGAAAACAAUUGGUGGAAUGUAUCCCUCAUUUUCCUCCCCAAAACAAAUUUUUUUGGCUUAACUUGUGGUUUUUUACAACCAAGUUGCCGUGAACCCAGAAGGACGACUCACUCUGUUUGUUUACAAAUGGAGUUUGAGUUAUCAGUACCCUCUAAUGGUCAGAAAUUGCUUACUGCAGCUUUAAUAUUACCCAAUAUUAAGGUGUUGUAGAACUUCUAUUUUAACAGAUGUCAUAUUUUUUGUAUGCACACCAGCCCUUCCAACAGCUCACUUUUCCUGUAAAUAGUUUUAAGUUAUUGAUUAUGAUGGUUGCAGUUUGGGAUGCUGGUCAGCCGCUUCAUUUGAAGCCAAAAUUUGUUUUCUCUGAAGACUAAAUAGCCACAAAAUUUUAUACCAGGUAGUAAAAUCUAUCAAUCCUGCAUUUAGAGGGACAUGAGAUGAUCUGAACUGUUCAGAGUAUGUUAAUACUGCUGUGUGUGUGAGUGUGAGAUAUGUUAGAGGUAGGGCUUGUUGAUUUGUGAGUUUUUGAAUUCUUGAUUAGUUUUGGUUGCCUCUUUUUUGAAUAGUGUGCAAGUGGAACUUUUAAAAUCCGAAAAUCAAAUCCUUUAAAAGCAGUAUCACACAGUGACAAGGCUAGGUACACAUUUAACAAUCACCACUGUUUGCAGGCAGACUGAACAUUUUGUUUGUUUUUCCAUUUGUCACCUUUGUAUUAUCUAUUCCCUGCCUUCUUCUUGAUCUGACUAAUGUAGGGAUUUUUGCCAAAUGAGAAACUCUUGCACAUUAACCUCUGUUAGAUGGAGAUUUAAGAACAUUUCACAGAGGGCUUAGGUCACUUUGACACCAGCCGUGUUUAGUCCAGUUGUAUUGAACUCUGGUGUGUUUUACCCACUUGGUGCGGUCGCUUUGGGUUGGUGAGAACACCCUCGCCGAACUCUGGUGCACACCACAGUUUUGAAUCAUCUAAUGGAGGGCUUGAAAGAGGUGGUCUCGGCUUGUUUUAAGUGAGAAAAGUAACCGCACCAACACUGCCAGCUAUGGGCUGAGAGAGGAGUUUAUAACCUGCUGUAAGUGGUUCGUCUGCCUCCUAUUGAAGUUGUGAAAUCAUGACACUGCUGUUGAAUCUCCAGCCUUGUACUGAUAGCGGUAUCAGAGGUAACUGUCUCUACUGGUAUCGUCACCAAUAGGAUAAAGAACCUUUUCCUUUGUUUUUCAAGAACUGUUUAGUGCAACUAUAAUUUCCAUAUGUAUCCCAUACCAAGCUCUUGUCUCCUUAGAACUCCUUUUUUCAUCCUUCUCAAGCCCAAUUUAAUGUGAUUUAUCGAGGAUAUGGAACUGCUUUCCUACACAUGUUCUAGCCAUGAUAAAACCAGGAAUGAGAUAAAUAUCUGACGUAGGACAACAUGAAAGUGGCUCUAAUGUGGAUUGAAAGUGUCAGAUCUUUUUUGCUGUUCACACAGGCAUAAAAAAUAAGAUGUCACAUUUGAGGAAAACAGAUUUAGGACACUUUUUGCUGGCUGUCUGGGUGGUGUGUUUAGACAAAACCUGGCUGUCAUGUUCGGCCUGUCUGCUCUCAUGUAGCUGAAACAGAUUAUAAUGCUCUUUGAUGAGACGGCGUUUCAGACUGUUCCAUGAAACGACCUUUUAAAGCCAUCAUAUGGCAAGUGGAAAAAGGAAAACGUGUCAUUAUAUUUGCUGAUCAUCAUCAUCAUCAUAAAUACUUUGUAUUGAAUUAAAAUUGGAGAUUUAUAGCUGGCUAUACACAGCUUUAUUGUUUGAUAAGCCAAUGCAUUUUUAUUAAGCUGUGAUAUCAAACUGGGCGGGGUCCGAUGUUUCAUUGCUGUAACUUGAUAUGUGUAUGAGCUGAACCAGCUGAUGCAGCAGGACAGCCUGUGAGAGCCUAUCCUACCAUACACUUUGUGAUUCGCUUAAAUAGAUGCCUUGUUAAAUUAUUAACAACACCCAGUGUUGAGUAUUGAUGUGAGCACAGAGUUGUAAAAUAAAAUAAAAUAAAAUAAAAUAACAAUGUUUCCCUUUUUGUCUGACAAUAAAAAUUACCAGGCAUGUAUGAA